AUGCAAAAAAAAAUCGAAAAAAAGUGCAAAAAAUUUGGAUUGCGGUCUGGUUAUGUUGGCCAGGCUGCGCACGAGCACUCUACUCGCAGGCGCUAUCCCACUACUGCUCACCGCGGAGACUUUUGGCUGCUGGGUUUCCCCUCUGGCCCGGUUCGCCUCUCCUUAGCUAACCUGGGCCCCAUGGGCUACCCCGCGGGGUCCAUAUUGACGACAAGCUUAGCGCGGACGUCCGUUCAACGCGGACUGACUCGGCGCAGUUGUCCCCACCUCAAACCAUCCACGCAACCCGACCUCCGAGCAGCCGGAUUACAGGAGCGCGCCGCCGCUCCCGGUCGAAAAUCUAGGAGCAAAUACUUCUAUUUAAAUACCGUAAUCGCGUGCACAAUUUAUCGUCAAUUUUAA